AUCCUACUCAUCAGUUGUUUUCUAAUCGACCAAAGAGGAAAUACCAGCUUGAGAUGAGGUACUUACUUUCGGUUAUUUUAGCCGUCCUUUUGGUUACGGCAGAAGGCAACGUUGUACCCACUAGUGAUGUCGGGAAUCAGCAGACUGAUACGCAACCUCUUCAAUUGUCCGACCGCAUCAAAGAGGCUCAAAAUGUCAUCAACGACUUGGGCGCACAACUUCAACAGAAGCUUCCCAACCAACAGGAGUUUCUCGAUGCUAUUAAGGAGCAAAGCACCAACUUAUUCAACAAUGUCCACACGUAUCUCAAGAAUAUGUCUAAUGAGAUCAAGGCCAAGAGCCCUGAGUUGGAGAACGUUUGGACAAACAUGAACAAAACACUGUCUGAAACAUUCAGUAAUUUAAACGUCAAUCCUGAGACAACGGAGCAGCUAAGUCAGCUGCGUACCAACUUCCAAGAGGGUGUUCAGACUCUUGUGUCAGAAUCAGAGAACGUUCUUAAGACCUUCAACGAUAAUUCCAGCAAGGUUCAGGAAGGUAUCGCCAAAUUUACCAAACAAGCGAUCGACAUGGCCGUGCAGGCUUCGCAGAACCUGAAUAAUCAGUUGCAGCAGGCCACGACACCACAACCAGAAAAUUAAGAAUACCAAAUUAUUCCUGCAAAUUACUAGUGUGCGUAACAUCUUGGAUAAAUUCGCGAGAAAUUCAAUUUCGCCAAGUCAGCCUAGUCUGCGUAAUCUCGUGUCGUAUCGUAAACAUCGAUAGCUGACGAAUAAUUAAUAAAAGUACUUGAUCAUUGUCA